GCGGUCUUUUAGUCAUGAAGGUCGUGUUUGAAAUGUGACAAAUUUUUUGUACAUAAAAUGAUUCAAAAAUUAUGCAAUAUUAAUGGAUUUUUCAUAAAUAUUAUCCGUAGUAAAAGUUAUAAGCAGGGAAGUGUUUUAGAGUCCUAUUGGAAUAAAAUUCGUGAUGGAGAAUUCACUCUUGAUAAAAGUCAAUUGAAACUUAUCGAGAUCCUAGAUGACUUGAAAGAACAAUCAAGCUCUUACGUUGUAACCAAACCAAACGUAUUUUCUAAGUUAUUUGGAAAGAAGAAAGUAGAUGUUCCAAAAGGCUUAUAUAUUUAUGGAUCAGUGGGUUGUGGGAAAACAAUGCUUAUGGAUUUGUUUUUCGAACGUUGCCCGACUGAAAAGAAAAAGCGGACGCAUUUUCAUUCAUUCAUGCUAGAUGUCCAUAAUCGUAUUCAUGAAUACAAAAAACGAACUCUGAAGCUAAGUCCUGGAAAAAAGAAUUUGAAUUAUGAUCCUAUUGCUCCUGUGGCACAAUCAAUAUGUGACGAUACUUGGCUCUUGUGUUUAGAUGAAUUUCAGGUGACGGAUAUAGGUGAUGCAAUGAUUUUGAAGAGAUUGUUUACUGAAAUCUUUGCCAAUGGAACUAUCUUAUUUGCCACUUCUAAUAGAGCUCCUGAUGAUUUGUACAAGAAUGGCUUGCAGAGAAGUAACUUUUUGCCAUUUAUUUCUAUUUUAAAAGAACAUUGCAAAGCAAUAUGGCUUGAUUCAGGUGUAGAUUAUCGUACUAAAUUUGCUCCUUCUAGAAACAGAUUUUUUGUAAAAUCUGAAUGUGAUGCAAAAAGAGAAUUAGAUGAAGCUUUUAAAAUUUUGGCAAGCAGAGAAAAUGAUGUUAUCCGUCCUAAAACAUUGACUAUCAAAAAUCGCAAUGUUACUCUAAGUACCACAUGCGGUAGAGUUGCAGAUUGCACAUUUGAGGAAUUAUGCGAUAGGCCCUUAGGUGCUAUUGAUUACUUAGUAAUAAGCCAAGUGUUCAAUGUUGUUAUCAUCCGAAACAUACCCCAAAUGACUCGCAAGCAGAAAUCUCAAGCAAGGAGGUUUAUUACGUUGAUAGAUACAUUAUAUGAUAACAAGGUACGUGUAUUGUGUUCUGCUGACGUUCCUCUGAAGAAGCUUUUCUUAUCAGCGGUAAUGAGCCCUGUCCUUUAUGAAGAUGAAAAUCGAGCUUUAAUGGAUGAUCUUAACAUUACAAAAGGCAGUGAAAAUGCAGAUGCAAGUCUCUUCAGUGGAGAAGAGGAAGUGUUUGCAUUUGAUCGCACAGUCUCCAGGCUGACUGAAAUGCAGACCGAAGAAUAUUGGAAGUUAAGAUCAAGUAGUUAAUGUUAGAUAAUGUUAAUCAGUUCAGAAUUGUAGCAAUAGAAAUUUGAGCUAUCAAAAGUUGUUCAUUUAUAGUACAAAAAUAUAGAUCUUUCUUUUCCUGUGAUAUAACCUAGGGUAAUUCUUCAGUUUUUAGGAAUGAGGAUUUUUAAUUGUUAUUUACAAAUGUUUCUUUAUGUGUACAUUUGUUAAUAAAAGACCUUC